GGAAAGCUUGUGCUUGCUUGCGGCUUUUGACACCAUUCAGUCAAUGAACACAAAGACAAAAGAUUAGUUUUUGAGUCAGUGGGAGAAGGAAAAACGUUAAGUGCUACCCACAGAGACAAGUGCUGUAUGUCAUUCUGUAUAAAGGUGGCCGUCCAAGUGGAAUACUUUUCAGAAUCUUGGACUCUGUCUAGCAGUCCAUCAAUAUGAAGGGCAAAGGCAAAGCCCCACAAGAAAAGGACAAAGAGCGGGAUAUCAAGGAUUGCCCUCUUCAGUUUCCAGACUUGUGUACCGUUGAUCAUGCCAAGGAUUGCGUGAAGUACACUCAAGUGUUGGGUCGAGAUGAGAGUGGCCAUAUCAGCUUGGAUGAGCUAGAUGCUAUUCAGGCUGACAUUGAAAUCUUGUUGGCUUCCGUUGGCAAAAGACUGAAACUUCUAGGGUCAGAGAACAGUAUUCUCUCCAGCUGGCCUGACAAGAAAGAUGGGAAGAAAUCCAGCUCUGGAAAGGGGUCUGAUUCUGCCAAUCAGUCGUCUACACCUACAAAGAGGAAGGGCACGCCAACAGAAGAUAAAGAAAAGGAACGACCUCCAAGUAAGAAGUUCAAAGAUUCAGGAGGAAGGUCCUCUCAGCCUGCCACGCCCACUUCAGCUGCCAGAAGCAAAGGGAAGAAUUCUCAGUCAAAGGGACAGACAGAUGAUUCUGGUGUGUCGGAGCUUUCAGCUGAGGUUCCCAAGGCCCACAAGAACGACGCUGUCAAUCGAUUCUGGACGUCUGUGGAGCCAUACUGUGCACCAAUCACCCCAGAAGAUUUGAGGGUGAUUGAGGAAAUGUUGAAAUCCUACGAAGAAGAGACGGAGUACAUGAAAAUUCCACCACUGGGCAUCCACUACUCGGAAAGAUGGGCAGAGGAGGACUUAUUGGAAGAACAGAAUGAAGGUGCUAAAAUUAGUGAGAAGAAAAAGUCUGGAGGCCAGUCGAACAAAGAGGUCAACGGCAACUCAACUUCAGAAGCGUCCAGUCUACUCAAGAAAGUUGACCCGAAGAAGAACGAUUAUUUCCUGGAUGAUUCUCCCUUUGGCCCGUUGACCCAGCGCUUGGUGUCCGCGCUGAUCGAAGACAAUCUCAUGACGCCCAUGGACGACGCCAUGGCUGAUACUGCUGAGUGUGCUGACGAAGCACCUGCCAUAUCCCCACGCAUGCUUGCCAAGCAGCUCAAUAUUGGAAAUCCAGCCACGUUGGAGAGGAGAAUACGCAAAGAGCUAGAAGAGCAAGGCAUAUUGGAGAAAGAAGAGGAGGAAGAGGACGAUCCCAACGACGAGGUGCUGGCGGAGCUGCGGAGGAAGCAGCAGGAGCUGCGAGCCAUCAGCCAACAAAAUAUCAACAUUCUCAAGAGUUUGUACAGGCAGGGCCAGGAGGACAUGGCCCGGCAAGACCUCAAAAAGAAGCUGCAGGCUGCAGACUCUGAGGUCAUGGAUGCAUACAGAAAAAUCCAGAACGCAAGGCAGAAGAAGAAGUCGCCGACGAAGAAAGAGAAAGAUGCAAUAGUGAAAGCGCUCAAAGACAGAGACACCAUAAUCAAAGCACUAGAGUUGUAGAGUGGGGCUGAAGUCUGAUUGUCCUUGUGAUAUCCCAUUUAAACUCUUGGUUUUAUGUGACGACACCAAGAAUUGUCUCUGACUUUGAGGCCGUUAAAAGCCUUCUCCUUCCUUCCUGCCUUCAUGAAGUGGACGGGGGAGGGGGGGGGUAGCUUUCGCCAGGGCCUUCCCUGUAGACUUUGAGGCUGUUAAACGUCUUCUCCGUCAUUAAGCGGACUGGAGAGCUUUUUCCUGCCACACUUAUAUCUCGGCGGCUGCUUUCAAUAAGGGUCUCUUUGCUUCAGUGAAGUUGAGUUUGCCCAGAUGUGCAUAAUGAGGAAGCGGAAGAAAAACUUGUUCAUAAAGGCCCUGUUGGUCACAACGGCGUGCAUAAUGCCUGACACAACUGUACCUCGUGUCACCGAAGACACUGACGUGUCAGGAGUUAACUACAACAAUUGGUAGUGGGACUGAGACUGUUGCGAGAAAGCUAAGUUGUAACAAACUUUGUCAGAAGUGGGUUCUUCUGUGUGUGUUUUUCAUUUCAUUCUAUUGUCAUAGUACAUACAAGGUUCAAAAGUUCUUGUCAUGCCCAGCACAUUUUACCAAAGACUGCAUGUUCUGAGGCUGGUCAGUUGUGUUGUUGUUUUUUUAAACGGAGGUGCCGAUUUUCUGGAUAAAUCCGGAUUUCUACGUUUGUCCGGUUUCCACCCAACUUCAGGCGGAUUGCUUCGAAAAAGUCUUGAUAUUGGAUGCAUUUUUAGACAAUAUGAUCCUCAAAUUUUUUAGUCCCUGUGUAAGGGUUACCAGGGGGUCAUAAAAAUUUCCAGUUCUUAUGGGUUUUUCAAAAAACUAUGUGGCACCUCUGUUUAAAAGACAACUUUUUUGCAAUGAUGUGGGGGCCAACUCUUUACGACCAGGCAAAAGAAACGAGGUCUUUGGCAUGUGGUUGGAGGAUGGUGCUAAUAAAUUCUCCUUUUUUUUUUUCUUUCUUUUUUUUUGUUGUUGUUGUUGUUGUUGCAAUUCCUUCUGUUAUUUAUCUGUCACAUUUUAAUUUUUCACAGCACUAGAAAGAGACCUUUGUUUUGUCAGUGCGCCCCUCUUUUACCCAAAAUGUAACUCAACUCUCAGAGUGUUUGGUAACUUGUGUUCAUUCACCUACAUGAGAGUUGAGUCUCAAAGGGGCGACGCCACAUCUUACUCGAUUUAUUUUUCAUGUAAAUUUAAGCUCUUGCCCUUUGGCGAGAUGCCAUGACCUAAAAUAGGGAUGUCUUCCCCGGGUUGCUCAGGGUUUGAAUAAAAUGUACAGUCGACACGCAUAACUCCAACAUGCUGGAGUGGGUGGGUGGUUGGCAGCAUCGUUUUUGGUGAUCUUGCUUUCACCGUUGCAUAAAAAUGCAGCCCAAAAUAUCUAACUAGAGAUGAGUUACCCGAUGACACUCCUUGAAGACUGUGUAAGAAAUCUCCCCCCAACCACCACCACCACUACCACUAUCCACCCCCUCUGUGUCGGUACAGGGUCCUCACAUUGAUCAGGUCAGCAGCUAUCUGGAUGAAAUGGGCAGCCAGUUUCACAAGGCAUGAUGAACGCCGUUUGUCACAGCAGAAUCUUGCUUCUGUCUCUCUAUAUAUAAAUCUAUGUAUAAGAAAUAUGUCAAAAGGUGUUCGUCAUAGAGGUCAGGAAGGGGUUAUCUGAUUUCGAAAAA